CGUCUCCUCGUCUUCUCCCGUGAGCCGUCCAGUGGAGCUCCCCAACUGCUCAAACCCCUAGCCACCGCCGCCGCCGCCGCCGCCGACCAACCUAGGGCAUGCUCCUCCUCCCCUUCCCCGAAUAGCAACCCCCAUGGCCCUAGCCCCCUCCUCGCCAUGACCUACCUCGCCUCCCUCCUCACCCUCCACCGCCGCAAGCGCCACCGCGACGCCUCCCACUUCCACGGCCCGCUGCGCCACCGCCGCCGCCGCCUCGGCCUCUGCCCUGGGACGUUCCCUGCCCCCUCCUUCCCACCGCCGCCGAUCCCGCGGGAGGCGGCGUCCUUCGCGUUCGACAUGGGGAACUUCAUCUCGGGCUUGCUGUGUAAACCCGGCAGGGACGACGAUGGCCUGGGGGUGUACAGGGGCUGGGUGGCGGAUCUCACGGCGGCCACGAGGGACGACGAUGCGGAGCUUGGCCUGUCCGUGGUGACGCGGAGGGUCGGGGACCCGAGGAAGGCCGCCUUGGAGGGGGCGGCGCAUCCGCGGGAGCGGGAGAAGAGGGAACCGUACUACAGGAGGGAGCUUGAAAGGGCGAGGAGUCGUGACAAGAGGUUGGGUGACCUCGCUUCGCAGGUGAAUCUACACGAGGAGAGGCUUGCUGAUCUGCGGAAGGCACCCAAGGAGGAUCUGUCUGAACUCUUUGCAUGUUUAACUGAAGAAGAGGAAAAUGAAGUUCACAAGUGUUUGUAUGGUAGGGGUUCAAGUACUCAAGUCCUUGCGCUGCAUGAGCCAUCGAAUAUUGAGGUCAGCAGAGAGAAGUUCCGGUGUUUGAGACCGAAGGCCUGGUUAAAUGAUGAGGUCAUUAAUUUGUACCUUGAAUUAUUGAAGGAGAGAGAAACAAGAGAACCAAAAAGGUUUUUGAAAUGCCAUUUCUUUAAUACAUUCUUUUAUAAAAAGCUUACUUCUGGAAAAACUGGAUAUGACUACAAAUCUGUCAAAAGAUGGACUACCCGCAGGAGGUUGGGUUAUGAGCUCAUUGAGUGUGAUAAAAUCUUUGUCCCUGUACAUAAAGAUGUCCAUUGGUGCUUAGCAAUUAUAAACAUGAAGGAAAAGACAUUCCAAUAUCUUGAUUCUCUUGGUGGUUGCGAUUGCCAUGUAUCAAGAGUACUGGCUAGAUAUAUUGCAGAGGAAGUGAAGGACAAGAGUAAUAAAGAGAUUGACAUAAGUUCUUGGCACGAAGACUCAGUUGGCUAUAUUCCUUUACAGCAAAAUGGGUGGGACUGUGGUAUGUUUAUGCUCAAGUACAUUGAUUUCCACAGCAGAGGACUGAGUCUGUCUUUUAGUCAGGAAGAUAUGGAAUACUUCAGAAAGAGGACAGUGAAGGAAAUCUUAAGAUUAAGAGCUGACUAAUGAUUACCAAUCUUUUCAUUUUAGUAAACUACUGUUUAACUUAGGUUGAUAAGCAUACAAUGGAAUUGUCCGAAAUCAUGCGAAGCUGGCUAAGAUAGGAUAUAGUAUAUGUUUUCAGUGAGAAGCUGGAGUUUUGUCAGUAUGUAAACCUGAAGCUUCUGGCAUUGGAUGCUGUUGAUAGUACGGGAGUUCUGUAAAGUUUUCUUCUUGGCAGAAAGAACAAGAGACCGAAGAGAAUGUAGGGUGAACUUUAGAAGACUAGGUCUAGUGCUACUAAUAUUUGUACCAUUUGUUGCAUAUUCGAGGGCUCUACCGUAGACAUUAGCUACUCGAGCUGGUGGGGAUUGGCUGAUAUGAUCUCAAUUUUACUUCAGUUUGCCGGAAAAGAAAAGAAGUGGAACCCGGCAUCCAAUCGAAAACUAAGGCGUCUAUAUUUGUGGUGUACUUAACAAACUGACUUCUUUGCAAACCAUGGGCUUACAUGUUCUAGUUUA